AAAGAAAUACCGUGCCAAUCGUUGCAGCUCAAAGUUCAAGCCUCACAAGGGUGGUUCCAACUCGAUAACUACUAUAAGUCAAAAAAUGUCCGAACAAACCGGCGAAGAUGUUAACCAGAUUUAGGCUUGGGUGCAUACACAUAGAGGAUUGGACAAGAGCAAACCUUUAAUUCUCAACACACCAGAAGCAACUAAAUGUUUGGUAGUUUACACAGAAAAGGCUAAAGAGUUAAAUGGAGAGGACUAUGAUAUCCUGAAAAAUGAUGUUAGUUCUAAGGCACUUUAUGAUUGCUCUAAUGGGAAGCCACAUGGUACAUGGUCUCUAUUUAAUGGCAUUGUCAAUGACAUCAAGGUCAUUUCUGAGGUGAGAGCUACUGGUACAUCUUCAACAGCCUUGAAGCGUCCUCGAGCUAAAGAAAUUGAAGAUGUGCGUCAAAAGGAGUCCGAGAAGACUCGAAAAGCAGAGGCUUAUGCCAAUAAUGUCUUGUCAUGGGGUGUUGGGAUGUACAAGUACUGCAAUGAGAUACAAAAGUUUCUUCAGACUUUGGCAACUAAGCAAGGAGUGCCUAUUGGAGAAAUACCACUGCCGCCGGUUCCACCUCCUUUUCGUUCGCUUUCUCCUCCUGGAUCUCCGCAACAAUCUACCAUCCAAAUUCUAGAAAAUAGCGAAGAAUCGCCAGCUUUGUGUGCUCAACAAGAAACAAAUCCUAGCUCUAUUAAUAAACAUGUUACUGCUGCAAGUGUUCCUGUUGUAGACGAUGAAGGGAUGUUUGGGGGAUUUUUCAGUCAGUCUGGAACCGGUACACUAAGCCUAUCGCUAUUGAGCAGUCAGUUGGUUCCUUGAUGUUCUUGGAUGUACAGUGCGUGGAGUAAUAUUUUGGUGCAUGUAUGGUUAACAUGCUAGUA